AUGGCUCAAGGAUUAGAAUCCUCCUGUGUCACUUACAGAUGGACUUAUGACGUGUUUCUUAGCCUUCACAGUGAAGGUACUCACCUCACUUUUGUCAGCCAUGUUUACGAUUAUCUGUAUCAGAGGGGAAUUCAUGCCUUCAUUGAUGAUGAAUCCCUCCAUGCAAGUGAAGAAAUCCGACCAUCUCUGUUCAAAACCAUCAAAGGAUCGAGGAUUGAUAUCAUAGUUUUCUCCAAAAACUAUGCAUCCUCAACAUUCUGUCUAGAUGAACUUGAAGAGAUUGUUGAGUGCUUCAAAGAAGGUCAGUUGGUGUGUCCUGUGUUUUAUCACGUGGAACCAUCAGAGAUCGUGUUGCUUAGCUCUAAUCAUCUGCCAUUUCUAAGCUCUGAUUUUGGCAAGAUCAGCUGCGAAGGCCAUUACUGUAUCAUGGCACUAGUUCCAGGAUCCUCUUCUGUCACUUGUAAAUGGACUUAUGACGUAUUUCUUAGUUUUCGCGGUGAAGAUACUCGCCUCACUUUCGUUGGCCAUCUCUACGAUUCUCUGCGUCAGAGAGGAAUUCGCACCUUCUUUGAUGAUAAAGCCUUCCAUGCAGGCGAAGAAAUCCGAGAAUCUCUGUUCAAAGCCAUCAAAGAAUCAAGGAUCCAUCUGACGUGCGGCAUCAGAGAGGGAGUUAUGGAGAAGCUUUGGCUCAUCUGCAGAAAAGAUUUGAAGACGAUGAUGACAAGUUGA